CACGGACCAGCUCCAGCUCUAACGUUAGAGGUUCCUCGCGCUUCACUUCCUCUCUCGUCCGUCCUCUCGUUUCUCCUCCUCUUCAACCAGCAGAAACUCCAUUUCUCGCUUUUUGCAUGUCAUAAACCGCCAAGCCCUUAUAUUCUUUCCUUUGUCCUUCUCUUCCUUUGCUCUUGAUCAAGGCUGGACCUUCGUUUGAAUAACACCUUCUUUUAUCUGAUCAAGUCAGUGACUUGCAUCAUCAAAACACUCAUUCAUUUCCUGAUACCCAGACUAUUCAUUCAACGCCUUGGGUAUCCAAAUCAUAUCAAGACGUACCAAGGCAUACCAUAUUAUAAAGACCUUUGGUUCAUUAAUGCUAUUUGUUUAUAAUCAACACAACUCAGAAUAUCUACGACAAUGGCGCCUUUUGAUGAGUCCCAUCACCUGCGGUGGCAGAGACAAGCAAAGAGGGCUUUUGGUGCGGCUCUGCCGGAUUGGACCAUCGCCGACGACAGCGACGACUAUGAUGUUCACAUUAUGAAGAAGCGCACAGUAAGGCCGAGAGUCAGACGAAGCAAUGUUCCAACUUCAUCCAAGGAGCCCGAGGUCAUGAUCAACAUCCUACGGGAGCCUUAUGCCAAGCGAACCGAUACUGUCGACCCUGCGACUGAGAAGCAGAAGCAGGACGCGAAGAAGGAAGAGAGUAGCGACAGUGAGAGUGAAGGUGACGACGCAGCCGACAGUGGAAGUGAGAGCGAGAGUGAGGAUGAGGAUGAAGAGCCAAAGAAGAGCGAGGAAGACAAAACCAGCGACGACGGCAACCCACUCAACAUCAAAUUGCCUGCAUCAUCAACAAACUCACCAUCAGUCGACGCUCCAUCAGCUGAAGGAAGUAUGUCGGAUUCUCCUUUGGUCGAAAGUGGUGAUGGUAUUCACUCCAAUGUUCACAAGAUCCUGCUGGGAGUUGGAUCCGUCGGCGGUUUUCUAUUCCUACUUGGAAUUGGCUUCCUCAUUUGGAAGUUCUACUCAAGGAAGCAGACCUCAAAGAAACCUGCGCCUAUUGAUGACAUGAACUUUGACAAGCCCAGCCGCUUUGAGAACCUCGUUUCCAAGGUGCCUUUCCUUGGAUCACACUACGGUCACAAGGGCUGGUACACAAUUGAAGAUCCAUCCUACUCUCCUCCGUCUUAUUCCCCGCCUCUCGCUGAAAAGACACAGCCUCAGUCACCACUCUUCAUGCCUAAGCAAUCCGACAACUUCCUCACAGUGCCCAGCUUACCAUUCGGCGUUUAUCGUACGACUGGCGACAGAAGGACAGGGGUUACAAACUAUGACAUUGACGCUGUCAGCCCUACAAGCACAACCUUUGUCGAGAGCGCUGUUGAGGUCCAGGUCGUGGCUCGUCACGAUCCCAAGGACUCUUUGAGCACACCUUACAAACCUCAACAACACAAGCGAAUCCUCUCUACUACACCAUAUGCCUACGAUGUCGGACGACGUCAGACCGGUGUUAGCGAACUCUCCUCCAUCUCCUCUGGCUUCGGUGACGGCGACAUCGUCGUGACGCCUACCACUCAGACCGUCCAAAGCGUCCCAUCGCGACCAGAGCCUUCACGACAACCCACAUGGAAGUCUACCAACUCUGUCGGUCGCCGUGACACCGUAUCUACAGUAGCUUCGGUAGAUACACGGCCACGCUUCCGCUCAGUGAACUCAUGGGUGAAGCAGCAGAAUGGACAAUUGCGACGAGCUCAACGACAACAAGAGAACAGCCUUGAUAGCGACGCCCCCCCAGUUCCUCCUCUGGCCCCUCCUCCUGAGCAAGAUUUCAGAUACAUGUUGCAAGACGACGAGAGACCACGCCCAGUGGAGAUGGUCUAGGAUGGGUUCGAGAAACAUGCAUGAUAUAUAGAGGCACCUUUGAAAGGAGUAUGGCUGGACCGGGCGUCAGAUACCUACGUUGGAUUUUGUGACAUAAACAAGGAAACAUACGGAACCAAGUGCAUACUCAAUUCUAUGUCUAUUAAUUGAUCGAUCUAGUCUGCUUCUCCGGUUUUUUGUGUCUGUAUAUUGACUUAGGUCUGCUGGGCA